GCCAUGAUGAACAUUGUGAGGCGAUGGUCGUUCAGAAGACCCGGGAUCCAUUUUAUGAGGCGAUACGUAUCCAGUGGGCAAGAAGAACUAUACCGGCCAAUCCAUCCAUUACUACUCAAACGAGCAGAAUUAAUGGAAAAAGAGUAUGACGAAUUAUCGCAAGAAAUGAAUGAAAAAUCGGGCAGUUUUAGUCAAGAAAGUAACGUUAGACUCUCCAAUCUUUCAGUGAUCCUUGAGAAUUACGAGCAGUAUAAGCACGACAUCAAGAAUCUUGAAGGAUUAAAGGAGAUGAUUGAAGAUCCAGAAGGAGAUUAUGAAUUAGCAGAAGAAUCAAUGAAGGAAUUACAAGCAAUGUUACCCAAUUUUAAUGAGUCUAUUAAUGUGUUGCAAACCCGGUUAUUGCCUAGCUUGCCUCAUAGCGAUAAGCCAGCUUUAAUAGAAUUAAGACCAGGGGUAGGGGGACAUGAGGCAGGGAUUUUCACUAGUGAUUUAAAAUCAAUGUAUACUAAUUUUGCUCAAUAUAACAAAUGGAAAUGGCAAAUAAUCAGUGAGAACUUCGCCAAUAAUGGAUAUUGCAAUGAGUGUAUUAUAAGUAUUGAUUCACCGGAGGCAUAUAAUAUAUUACGUCAUGAAAGUGGAGUUCAUCGAGUACAAAGAAUUCCUCUUACCGAGUCCAAAGGAAGAAUACAUACCAGUACGGCAGCAGUGGUGGUCUUACCAAAGAUAUCUACCGGGACCGAGGCAUCAUUGAAAGAAGAUGAAAGACAGUUUGCCCCGGGAGAAGUUCGAGUUGAUACCAUGAGAGCAGGAGGUAAGGGAGGACAACAUGUCAAUACCACCGAUUCUGCCGUUAGAUUGGUCCACAUACCUACUGGAACCACCGUGCAACAACAAGACGAACGAUCACAACCCCGAAACAAAGCCAAAGCUUUUCUGAUCUUAAGAUCAAGAUUGGCAGCUUUAGAAAGAGAAAAAGAAAUCCUGGAACAAAGAAAAUUAAGAACUGAUCAAGUCACCACUACAGAUAGAUCAGACAAAAUCAGAACCUACAACUACCCCCAGAAUCGUAUCACCGACCAUAGGUGUGGGUAUUCCAUGCACGAUAUCGAAGGCUGUAUGCUGGGAGUAAGAUUAAUGGAUAUUAUUGCAAAAGUUGAGCAGCACGAAUUUGAAGAGAGACUUCAGCUCUUAAUUGCCAGUGCCUCCAACUAGCUUGUACAUAGUUUGUAAAUAGUAUAACAUGCUGGA